CAACUCAUUCAUCACCACUCUCACAACAAGAGCUAAGAAAUUCUAAAGGAAAAAAACAAUGACGACAAGAGUGACAGAUCAAGGUGGCAUCAACGGAGACCUAUUCGACGAUGGUGUUAAUGAUUAUGUGAGGAAAGUGAUUGUCGGAGAAUGCUCUCAGGGCAUCACUUACAUCAAGAUUGAGUACGUGAGAGAUGGAGUAGUCGUGGAACAAGAACAUGGAAAAAAGACAGGAACACAAACACAGGCUGAGUUUGAAGUUAAUCACCCAGACGAGUACAUCACAUUGAUUUGGGGAACGAUUAGAGAUGAUUACAUAUCUGAGAGUCGUAUCAUCAAUAUUGAGGACCUGGAUGGAUUAGACUUAGAGGAGUUAAACCCUCCACUUGAAAAUUUCACUAUACAAACUAGUCGAAUGGAUGAGAAUCCUAGGUCUAAGUUUGGGGUGUCGGAGCUUCAGUUAAAGACAUCAUGCGGGAGAACAUCUCAGGUGUUUGGUUCGCCCGGUUUGCUUAGCAAGGCGUUCAAGUUAAAAGGCAAAAACGGAACGAAACUUGUUGGGCUCCAUGGUCGCUUUGGUGACUUUCUCUGCUCUAUAGGAGCUCACUUUAUCUUCGUUUCUGGUGCUUUCAAGCAAGUAAAACCUCAUGGUGGAAUCGUUGGGGACGCUUGGGACGAUGGGGUUUACGACUGUGUGAGGAAAGUGCGUGUUGGAGAAGAUGCUGAUCGUGUCACGUCCGUUGAAUUCGUAUACAGUAAUGGAGAUCAGCUGAUAACAUAUUGUCACGGCAAAAAGUUACAAGAACGUAAAGAGUUUGUGCUGGACUAUGAAAAUGACGAGUACAUAAAGUCCAUUGAGGGAUUCUACGAUAGAUAUGGUUUCAUUUCGUCUUUAACCUUCAAAACAUCAAAGGAUAGAGACUCUGAGGUAUUUGGGAAACCGAAUGGUACCAAAUUCGUCAUCAUGGCAAAAGGGUUUGAUAAGCUUGUCGGGUUCCGAGGAAGGUCUUACGGUAAUCGUGUCACUUCUCUCGGAGCAAAUUUUGCGGUGGUGGUAGCUCCACCAGUGAAGAAACUAGAAGCAAAAGGUGGGGAUCCUGGUUGCGAGGAGUGGGAUGAUGGGAUCCACGAAGGUGUUUACAAGAUAAUAGUAUCAAGAGAACACUCAGUUGUGAAGGCGGUCAAGUUUGAGUACGUCAACGGAUACGCCGACGGACAGUACCAAACUGUAAAUGGAAACGAUCACGUGAAGAUCAUCCCAGGUGAUGAUAUCAAAGAGUUUAAGCUUUGUUUAGGAGAUGAAUAUAUCACAUCCGUUGAAGGACACUACGGUCAAAGACUGCGACUUUCUGGAAUGGCGCGUGAAUUAAUUGAACUGAUUGGAUUCAAAUACAUAACGAUGCUUAAGUUCAAGACAAACAAGGGUAUAACAUAUGAAGCGUUGGGGAACGAAGAAGAAGAUCAUGAGUAUGUGGGAGAAUCGUUCGUGUUGGGUAUGGAAGGUCACAAGAUUGUUGGGUUCCAUGGCAAGUUUGCAUUUGACACUGUUCAUCAAAUUGGUGUUUACGUCAAGCCAAUCGAUAACCCUUAAAACUUUUUUUUAUUUAGAAAGAGCAAAAGCUAUAUAUAGAUAUGCUCUCCCUAAGUACCUUUUUAUGUUAUCGUCAUGGUUUGGUGUUUCUAGAAUUCCAUUUG